CCCGGCCUCGGCGGCGGUCACGCACCUGCCAGGAUUCGAUGGGCCUCUGCCCUUCAACCUUGAAACAGGGUACGUGGGCGUGGAGGAGGAGACCGGGGCGGAGCUCUUCUACUACUUCGUCGAGUCGGAGAGGAGCCCCGGCACCGACCCUCUGCUCCUGUGGCUCACUGGUGGGCCCCGCUGCUCGGUCAUCAUGGGCCUGGCCUUUGAAAUUGGUCCUCUCAAGUUUGUGUUGGCACCGUAUAGUGGCGGUUUGCCGGAGUUGGUGUAUAACCCAUAUUCAUGGACAAAGAUGGCAAACAUACUCUUGUUGGAUUCACCGGUCGGUUCCAGUUUUUCGUUCGCUCGUGAUCCCAAAGGCUACGAUGUUGGGGACUACUCAUCAUCUUCGCAAGUCCAAAUAUUUCUGAAUAAGUGGUUCACGGAUCAUCCGCAAUUCCUCUCAAAUCCUUUCUACAUUGGUGGAGAUUCAUAUGCUGGAAAGGUGAUUCCACUUAUUGCACAAGGCAUUUCAGAAGGAAUUGACAUGGGGCAGCAACCUACCAUCAAUCUCAAGGGAUAUAUGGUUGGCAACCCUAUAACAGAUCCAAAGUUUGAUGAAAAUUACAAAGUUCCAAGUGCUCAUGGCUUUGGGAUAAUAUCUGAUGAAAUAUAUGAGACUGCAGUGAAGAACUGCAAAGGAGAUUAUGUUAACCAUGUUAGUGAAAUGUGUGUUGAAGUGCUGCAUACUAUCAACAAUCUCAUUUCUGAAAUUUCAAUUGAGCACAUCUUGUACAAAAAAUGUGAUGUUGUUGCGCCAAACACCAUAGAUGAUGCUUCAAGAAGAAAGUUUUUGUUGGAAGAAUCCACCAAGUUAAACAAGCCACCUGCACGUCCAACUGUAGAUUGUCUUACAUAUGGUUACUAUCUGGCUUAGUUUUGGAUGAACAACAACAUGACUAGAAAGGCUCUUGGGAUCAAGGAGGGAACAACCAGUGAGUGGGUACAAUGCAACAUAGGGCUCCCCUACACAUAUGAGAUACCAAGCAGUAUACCAUACCAUCUCAACCUUACUACGAGGGGUUAUCGUGCACUUGUGUAUAGCGGAGAUCAUGAUCUCGAGGCACCAUUUCUUGGCACACAAGCAUGGAUAAAAUCCUUGAACUUUUCAAUCGUUGAUGACUGGAGGGCAUGGCAUCUUAGUGGGCAGGCUGCUGGAUUUACCAUAGAAUACACAAAAAAUAUGACAUUUGCCACAGUGAAGGGUGUUGGUCAUACUGCUCCAGAGUACCGGCCUAAAGAAUGUUUCGUCAUGGCUCAAAGAAAGAUUUGGUGUGGGAGAGAAGCAUCUAUCAAGGGAAAAGUGUCCUUCUGCUCCCGAGCUCAAAUGAGCUCGAUGAACAGUAAAAUCAGAAACAAAUCUGAUUUUUUUGUGAAAUUUUUUUUGACAAAAGUUCCAAGUGCUUACAAAAAUUCUUCAUGGAAUCACAUUCUUGUACGGCGUGGCAAAAAACAAUUUUAGUGCUCCAUGAAAGUAGCAUUUUUAGAGUAUCAUUUUUUUUGCCAUGUCUUCUAGGAAUGUGAUUCCAUGACAAAUUUUUGCAGGCACUUGAAACUUUUGUCAAUGUUUGUCACAAAAAAAAUCAGAUUUUUUUUUAAAUUAUUUGUUUUCGAUUUUACUGUUCACCCGAGCUCAUUUGAGCUCGGGCUCAGAAACUCUGCGUCCCUGUCAAGGCUAGAUUUAUCCAUUCAACUUUGGAUGUGAAUUACAUGGACGAAUUAUGUUAAUAAGGAUGAUGCCAAUAUAAUUAGUAUA